GUUUGAGUGUUUUGCUAGUACAAAAAGAUGAUCAAGAAAAUAAGUAUAUAGUUGCAUAUACCAGUUAUGGUUUAACUAAAGCUAAAAGGAAUUACACCACCACCAAGCAUAAGUACCUUGUCAACCUCUAG